AUGGAUAAAUCUUGGAUUAAGUUGCCACGCAAUACACCAGAGUAUUUAGUGGGACUAAAUAACUUUUUAGAUUUUUCCUUUCAAUAUGGCGCCAGCGCAAAUACGAUAAUAUGUCCAUGUAGUAAAUGUGGCUUUAGGAAGUGGAGAACUCGAGAAAAAGUAUAUGACCAUUUGCUUUGUAAACCCUUUCCUCAAGGUUACACAUUUUGGUGUCGUCACGGGGAGCUAAUAUCGAGGGAGCCUGUAUUGGUAAAUGGAGAUGACACAACAAAUAUAAAAUAUGAAGAUCCAAUGCAAAUAAUGAUAAAUGAUGCAUUUGGAUUGUCUGACAUGUACACCAAUGCAGAGUCAUUUACAUCAUCAUUUGAACAUAGAGAUGAUGUUGAGGGAGGUGUAUUAGAAUCACAACAUGGAAGAAAUAUUAUGGCUCAAGAGUUGUUUGAUUUACUUAAAGAUGGGGAGCAACCACUCUAUGAUGGAUGCGCAAAGUUUUCAAAAUUGUCUUUCUUGGUGAAAUUGUAUCACAUUAAAGUUCUUUGUCGAAUUAGCAACAAAGCAAUGGACAUGAUCCUUGAGUUGUUGCACGAUGCCUUUAAACAUGCAAACAUUCCUUCAUCUAAUUAUGAUGCAAAGAAGCUCCUCAUCAAGCUUGGUCUUCAUUACACUAAGAUUCAUGCUUGUCCUAACGAUUGUAUGUUAUAUUGGGGACAAGAUGAAGGUAAAGAGGAAUGCAAAACAUGCAAGAUAUCUAGAUGGAAGCAAAAGGGUCAUGAAACUACUAGUGAACAUAAUUUGAUUAAUGAGAAGCAACAAAAAAAAUUGCCAGCAAAAGUUUUACGGUACUUUCCAUUGAUCCCACGGUUGAAAAGGAUGUUUAUGUCUUCAAAUAUAUUUAAUAGCAUGGUUUGGCACAUUGAGAAUAAUAACACUGAUGGGUUGAUGAGGCACCCUAGAGAUUCAAAGGCUUGGAAGAAUUUUGAUCUAAAAUAUCAUGAUUUUGCUUCAGAUCCUUGA